AUGGUAGAAGAACUCGCCGCUCAGGUCUCUCAUUGUCGCUGCCCGUUGAGAUCAUCCUCUGACGAUUACUCAAGCUGGUUCGAGAAGGAAGACGAAGUUUUUGGAAAUCUUUGGGGGUUGGGGAAAGAACUUGGUGUCACUCAUCUUGGGGAUGAAGAGUCCUUGAUUGGUAGAAUUCAGGGAAAGGAAAAGAGGGAUGCAGAAGAAUUAGCAGCUAAUGCUAAUAUAAGGAGGGAAGAGACAGAGCGUAGAUGGAUCUUUUCUAGCUCUGAUCCUUACCGUAGAGACAGGGAGGAGUUUAAUAGUUUCAUUGAUGAUGCGGAACUUUUAGACUUACCUCUAGUAGGGAGAAGGUUUACUUGGUUUCGUCCAAAUGGGCAAGCGAUGAGUAGGUUGGAUAGAGCACUUGUGUCCAUGGAAUGGAUGGAGGCGUGGCCAAACUGUUUUUUACAUGUGUUGAGUAGAGAAAUUUCUGAUCAUUGCCCCUUGAUCCUUAAGUCCUCUAAUCACAAUUGGAGUCUCAAACUUUUCCGGACUCUUAAUGGCUGGCUCCAAGACUCUAGAUUCAAACCCUUCGUGGAAAAAGAGUGGAACGAUCUCCACUUUCAAGGUUGGGGGGCUUUCAUCUUUAAAGAGAAACUAAAAGCCUUGAAGGCUAGCUUGAAGACGUGGAAUGCAGACGUCUUUGGAGAUUUGGUAACUCAAAAGAACUCCCUAACUAGUAAGCUGGCAGAUUUGGAUAAAAAAGCGGAGGAGGUGGGGCUGUCGGAGGAAGAGAAAAAGGAAAGGCAGGUCGCACAAUCAGAGUUUUGGAAAAUUGCUAGACUUAAUGAGUCUCUCCUCUUUCAAAAGGCUAGACAAAGAUGGGUCAAGGAGGGGGAUUCUAACUCGAAAUACUUUCAUUCCCUUAUUCGCUGGAAAAGGAGGAAAAAUGAUAUUGUGGGGCUCAACUUAGAAGGUGUGUGGUAUGAAGAACCAACAGAGAUCAAGCUCAAAGUAACAGAUUUCUUUGAAAGGAAGUUUAGCGUGAAUACUGAGGAGGCGCCAAAACUAGAUGGGAUUGGGUUUAACCUACUAUCUUAA